AUGAGCUUACCGGACAGAUUGACCGCGAAAUAUCCACUACGUCUGGCUUUUAUGAAGUUGAUCGGUGCUUCGGGAUACGGUGGUCAUGAAGGUUUUGGCAUCACGUGGAAUGAAAAUAUUGUAAUGUAUCCCGUAACACAUCGGACUUGA